AUGGUGAGAGCAUUGAGGGGCCAGGAUGGUGAGAGCAUGAGAGACCAGGAUGGUGAGAGCAUAAAAGACCAGGAUGGUGAGAGCAUAAAAGACCAGGAUGGUGAGAGCAUAAAAGACCAGGAUGGUGAGAGCAGAAAGGGCCAGGAUGGUGAGAGCAGAAAGGGCCAGGAUGGUGAGAGCAGAAAGGGCCAGGAUGGUGAGAGCAGAAAGGGCCAGGAUGGUGAGAGCAGAAAGGGCCAGGAUGGUGAGAGCAGAAAGGGCCAGGAUGGCACCUACAGCAUUUCUGAUCUACUGGCAUUGGAAGAGGUGGGAUGGUGGUACAAUAUCACUAAAAGGUCUUUUUAUAUCUGUAGGUGUUGCGUGGUAUUGGUGGUGUUCGCUGUGGUGUUAGUGGUGGUGGGCGGCCAGAUGCAACCACUCGACGGCCCAGGAGCGCUCCAGGUGUUGAAGAGCAUGGGGCUGGACCGUGGAGGAGGUAUUCCCCAGGUCACACAGGGUGAAAGGCUUCGUCAGGGAGACUCCCCCAUCUACUAUAUCAAACUGCCGCCCAUGCCCUACUUCUACGUCAACAACAACCUGCAGCAGGAGUCCUACCCCACCACCUCAUUUCCCUUCCACAGGUUGGACCUCGAUUUCACUAACAACGGCCGACCAACCCAGAUCUACCACUGGAAUCAGGCCACCUCCAUUCCUGAUUUGUGGAAUCUUCCAUCAUCUACAUCCUCUACCACUACGACGACCACUACCCCAGCUACCACAACCACCACCACUCCUCAAACCACAACUACCACCAUCACCACCCCGACUACAACUACAACCAUCCGGCCCAUAAAAAAGCCAUGGCUGACCCUCAACAAAUUCUUUCCUUACAAUGGACGACCUUCCAACGUGUAUAUUUGGAAGCCACGACCCAGUGUCGCCGUCCAAAAAUACAAACAUCCUUACUUUAAGCACUUCAACUACUAAUAAGCAGUGUUAUUCCAUGCACUUUAACGCUGUUAGACAAGUACAACUUCUCAUAUUAGAACCCAAGCCAACUUAUAAGAUUAUACAGAGUUAUAUAAAUGUGUAAGGCUGUUCUCAUCUACACUUGCUAAUAAAAAAACGCUAUACCGAGGAAAAAUACACUGCAGAUAUAGCGUUUUAUUAUCUAGAGGUUUGUAAACUUGCAUAAAGAUGUUCAUCAGCAUUUGCAUUUACAUUGACUUUUCACAAUUCUUGCUUCGUGGCUUCUAACCUUAUGAUCGCUUAAUAAUGAUAGCGAUGUCCUGGGUUGCUAAAGCUAGAUCCCAUUGUGAAAAACUAAAAAAUUUGCAUUAUACAACAUUCAAAAUAAAAAAAUGACAUGUACAAAGGCAACUGCGAAUUAAAAGAGCACAUGUGUGCAAGCAGCUUUUUAUGUUAGGCGAACACACAUACUGUUCUUAGUUCUGUUUAAUGACACUGAGCUCUAUUUUCUUAUGCCAUUACAAAUGUACAUACAUGUAUUGGAAACAAAUAACUAUAAUAGCCUGAGUUUAGAGCGUUAAUGACAUUUAUUUGAAUUAGUUAAAAUAUUUUUUUCAACAAAAAAAAAAAAAAAUCAUUAUACGAUUCUGCCAAGAUGGAUUCGUUAAAUGACAGUGACAUCUAUAUUUAGGAGUUUAUAAGUAAUUAAUAAAACACGAAUAAACAUUCUACUAAUCGUAUUUUCAACCCCUCUAGUGAUAAGAAAUUAUUGCACAACAGAUUAUUUGAAGUCUUUUACCUCUGUCUCUAGUUUGAAGUAUUGUUAAAAACCACAUAUCCAUCUCUAGAUUAAAAGCAGAUAAUCUACCUUUAGCAGGCUCUCUAUGAUCCUAAGAGGUUUAGUGUUUUCUCGUGAUUAUAUAAUUCUUCAUAUUUGGACUAAGGAAUAGCUGCCUCAGUCAGCCACACCAACAGGUACAGUUCUUAAGCCAAUAUAUUGGGAAUUUAUUUAUAGGUACGAAUAAAUUAUAGAUGGAGAAAUGAAACCUAUGGUCAGAAUACUGUAGGAAUCUGCGACGCGCAUCCAACUCCUGGUGGAAGUGAACUAAGAAGGAAAUAAAAAUUAUUUUUACCUCAGAAAUCGACCUGAAAAUGUUUGCUUCAAUACUGAAGACAAUUUCUGAGAAAAAAUAAAAACCACUUCCAUAUCUUCAAGGUUUUUCUAUUUCCUCGUUUCUUCAUGAAAAUCUCAAUAUUCUAAACCCGUCGUCGUAAGAGAAUGCUGCUCACCGUCACUUCUCCUUUCCAAUAAAUAAACGAAAAAAAUCAUACUUCCAUAACAGUUAUUGUGUACCGGGAUAUAGCUGGCUAUUACUGGCGGUAAAAGCAUUUUCAAUAUUACUAUUUUUAAUGAUUAUUAUUGCUUUUUUCUAUCAAGUGAACAAAACACAGGCGCUCUCUGGCCGCCUUGUGCUGAAGAUUACAUAGAAGUAUAUAUAUAUAUGUCGUGCCGAAUAGGUAAAACUUGCGUUUUGCCUAUUCGCUCUUCUUGCCGAAUAAGGCAAGCAAAAAUGUGUGUAUGCAAUAAUUUCGCAAAGAUCAUUCUGAACCUAACGAAAAAAUA